GUGCAUCGUUUACGUGGCAAAAAAAUUCAAUAAUAUAUCUAAAAAGCAGUAAAUAGACCAAACGGAGAGGUAAAGCGGGAAACGUUUGUGCUGUGUUUGUGUACCAACUCUUCUUUUACAGCAACACUUUUAUGGGACAAACAUUCGCAAUUGGUGAUGACGCAUUCCUACAGUCAGAGUUCUCUCAUGGUGCUCGCCGUUUUAGGAAUUUUAUCCGCUAUUAUGUCCAUAUUAUCGGUCAUUUUGAUUUUUCAGCUGCAAACGCAACAGGCUGUAAUUAAGAAGUCGCUUUCUUUCAUGUCGAGUGAGAUUACGGCGGUGUUGAUGCCUGUUUCUCCAGUCCUCUCAGUCUUGUCUCUGACGCUCAACUUGAGCUCUGUUGUCGUGUGUCUGCUCAACAGUUAUUUCACUUCUGAAAUGUGCAGAGAGGAACAAGAUACACAAAGGGCUGAUUGGUUUCUUUUGGAUAGCAGGGCUGUCCGGCACGUGGCCAUUGGGCUUUUUUGCCUUGGAGUGUCAGUUUAUUUAGCUGCCAUGUCCAUUUACAUGUUGCUGGUGUUUGAAGUUGAGACUGGAAUAGCCAGCAUGUGCGUUCUCUCUUCCGGUGUGCUCAUCCUGCUACUUGUCAUUAUUCACUGCUUAAUACAGGCCGCACACACAGCCAAACACUUCAGAGAUGAACAGGCCCACACCAUGUACCAAAAUUACCCUGAAAGCAGUGCUGGAAUUCGUACGUCGAACUUAAGCCUUACAGACAGUCCGUGGAGGCAGCACGGCUUAGCCAGUCUGCACAGGCAUUUCAGCAACAUUGAGCAGAACACUAAACAGAAAACAGAGUAUCCACCAUCCAAUGGGCCUCACAUUCACUCUAGUUAUAGCGGUGACGGGAGUGGCCAAACGCACCGGACCCUUUCAACUGAAUCGGGCCUGUUUCAUGCCCAGGUGAAUCCCUGGAACGGGGUCAACAGCGAGAUGAGAUCUGUACUAGCAUGCAAGGCCACGGUCAAGGAUUCCACAUUAGUAUGAAUGGUGUCAAGAUGGACAUUAUACGACAUGUGGGUAUAUAUACAUAUAUAUAUAUAGAUCACGUAGACCCUGAUCUGUGGCGAUAGUUUUGCAAAAUGAUAUUAAAUAGGUUCCUUAGAUGUAUUGCGAAAGUUCCUAGAUAAAUGUCCGCUGAGUGGGGCUUAAAGCGAUGAGGAUUUAAGGUUAAUGCUCAAUUGACUUUCAACAGAUCCUACCUCCCUACCCUAAAAGAUAGUGUCUUAAAAUGCAAAUGUGAUAAGAAAAACCACAUUUUGUGGUGCUUCUAUGACUAAAUUCGGCUCACAUGCACACUUGCAUGCUCUACAGGACUACGUACUCAGUCCUGUGCAAGUGUAACACUACAAUUUGAUUGCACUAAACAAGCUUGUUAAUGUAUUCCAAACAUUAAAAUAUAUUUGUAAAAGUGUUUUGAUGUCAUAAGUUAGUAUUUUGUGAGGGACAGGGUUAAAAGAGAGUGUGCUUAAACUGGUAAUCUGCCGUUACACUCGUCAAAAACAGUCAUUGCUGUUGUAGCAGCUCUAGUGUUCAUUUCACCAAGAAACUGCUGUGAUACGUACAAGCCAUGUAAAAUGUAUUUAGAAAAAAUGUAUAGUAACAUGUUGCUAUGAGACCAGGUUGAACGUGCCCAUUCAAAAACAGGCACCACAAACAUUUUGUAAAAUAUAUCUUAAGUGAAUUGCCUUAGAUUCUGACAGCCAAUUGAAAUUGAAAGCAAAAUGUGAAAAUCUGACUAUAUUUUUUUGUACAGCUAAUAUAAAACAAGUGUUUGCAAACCACGUACACUAACUGUUAAAAUACAAGAUAAUAUUUUCAAACUACUGUUGAAUUAUUAUUGUAGAUUUGUUACAAGAUACAGUUCUUUUUAUUUACUAAAAAGACGCAAGAUGAAGGAGUUUUUUAUAUUCAAUGCAAUGUAGUACCUGUGAUUUCUACAGACAAAUUAAAGUAUACAAAUUAAUAGGAGUUGAAACAUGACACUUAAAUUCCACAUACCACAUAGUAAUUCAAUUAAACAUGAGGCUGAGUACAAACUGGCAAUUGUAAUGUCUCUUAUAUGUCUAUUACAUACUUAAAUAGCAUGUCAAGUUUUUUUUUAAAUCUGAAGAACAGAUGGACUGGCAAUUUUGUUUAUUGCAUGCUUAACCUAGAAAAAUGCCUAAAGA